GCUAGCUACUCCGCACCGAAUAAACAUCAACAACGCGAGGAAACUUACCGUGAAGUGUGAUAUGAUGCUAGCCUGUGAAUUUUAAAAGACAGUGACAAACACGAACAGAAGGAUCGAGUGCAGUGUACUAUAACGCCCGAAGAUGCCGAAGAUCUUCCUGAUCAAGAAGCGGCUGCACGAGCAGCAACUGGGCUUGCAGGAGGCGCAGGAGUUGAUAUCCAACAAAACUGACCCGCUCUGCCCAGGAUUCUCUCUGGAUGACGGACCCAUUCCUCUCCUUUCUAAGAAAGACAAGGAAUGCGCUGAUCGAGAUGUGUUCGGAGAAAGCAAUGGAUCUAAACAAGAUAGACGCACAAAAGAACCUAGGAGAUUCAUCUCAUCAAUCCUUGGUGGCGACAUUCCCUAUGGAAGUCACAGAGGCCACGUCUUAACUCAAGCAGAACGCAAGCAAUAUUUACCUGUUGUUGCAGAAGAUAAGAAAACCGAAGAGAAACCCCUAAUUAAAGAGGAAAAAGAUGUCAACCUAGAAAGUGAACCAGUCGUGUUGCCAUCGCGAAGUUCUCCUUCUCCCGAAUCGACACCUGGCAUCGAUAACAAUGUUACAUGUCAAAAAGUAUCAGUAAUACAAAGAACACCGUCACAGUCACAAUUUCGUGAUAAUAAAAAAGAAUUAUCAGAAGUGACGAUACCUUCAACAUUACCCACAACAGAACCUGAACAAGAUCAACCUAUCGAUUACGUUAUUGCGAAAAAGCGAGGUGAAACUGAAGAUGAAGAAACAGAAAAGAAAAUAAGAGAACAAAGACGAACAAGUAGCUCUAAAAUUGCUAAUGGUAUUUUAGCGCGGCCAGUUUUGGUAUUAAGAAACUGCCCUGCAAGUAAAGUUUCAGGAAUAAUUAGUGCUGCAGCGGGUCAUGGAAGAUCUACAGGAGGCAAUGGCUCUAGUGGUAGCUCUCAAAGUAGUGGAGGAUCUGGUAGCUUCAGUUCUGGUGGCGGUAGUACUGCUCCGUCUUCAGGUGGCGGUGGAGCAAUGGGAGGAGGAUCUGGCAGUGGAGGAAAUGGGCGAGAUGGGAGAUCUAAUUAUGGACCUAACAGCCCACCUACUGGUAGUCUUCCACCGUUCUAUGAAACGCUUGGACCAUCAUCCAAAGGAGGACAAAACUCUUUUAAUGCAAAUGGAAACUUUUCUAAUGAAUUUAACAUAAUAAAUGGAUUUAAUAUGGAUUGUGAGAAUAAUGACAAUGCCACCAACUUCCCUGAACAAAGCAAGCAAUAUUCUUUGAUGCAAAAUGCACACUACGGUAUUGUCCUAAAAGAUGAAGAUAUAGAUUACGAGAACAAGCUAGAAAACUUAAACGGAAUUAGUAAUUAUGGAAAUAAUUUCGAUGACUCUAUGGUAGUGGAUAUGGGAGACGAUGUUAUUGAUAACUACCAAUUUUCCACGACAUUAACAUUUUCGGGUACAAAUGAAGGCAUUUUGAGUAAUCUUUCCGAUUCAACCGAAGACUUUGCCAAUUUAUUGAACAAUCAUGUGGAAUCCAUAACCGAUUCUGAGUUGAGAGAAUCGUCAUCAAUUACUCCAGACUCAGUACAUAACCCAUUAGAUAUUGAGACUUUAGCAGAACAAGUAAAUCUUAGUAGGCAGUAUUAUGAAAAAGCAAACUAUUUGGCUUUUGCUAGUCAAGAACAAAGUCCUUCGUAUUUUGCAAAAGAUCGCCCUGACUUGUUGAUGCAGUUGAAUCCUGCUCUACUCCAACAGAAUGAAGGCCAAAUGCAACAGCUUCAAAUUCACGUACAAUUCCAGCAAAGGCCACAAAUACUAUCACCAGGAUUUCCGUUCCCUACUCACCCCUUGGAUCUGGACUCCCCCACCGGUGUCUCGCUGCCGUCUCCAGGUGGAAAUAACUCCUUGGAUAGCACGAAUCACAUUGAGAAUUCGUCACUCAGUCCUGCAGCCGCUGUAAGUCUCAAGAAAAGUUCUGUCACGGAGGGCAAAAUGCAAAUCUUGCAACAAAGGUUGGGUCUGCCAGCAGAGCUCCCAUUGGAAUUUAUCAAUGGGGGGCACGGAGUGAAGAAUCCGUUGGCCACAGAAGCCAAUGCCAGGCAAAGAGAAGAAGAAAAAAAUAAACAAGUAUUAGUCAGCGAGGAUGAUCCCACGAAGUUUGUCUGCAGAGUUUGCUCAAAGAACUUCAGUUUGCAGAGGCUGCUGAACCGGCACAUGAAGUGUCAUUCAGAUGUUAAACGAUACUUGUGCACUUUUUGCGGCAAAGGUUUCAAUGACACGUUUGACUUGAAGCGCCACACCAGAACGCACACCGGUGUCAGGCCCUACAAAUGCAAUCUCUGCGAGAAGUCGUUUACCCAAAGAUGCUCUUUAGAAUCACACUGCUUGAAAGUCCACGGUGUGCAGCAUACCUACGCGUAUAAGGAAAGGCGAACUAAGAUGUACGUUUGCGAAGAAUGCGGCCACACGACCUCGGAACCAGAAGAACACUACAUGCAUUUGAAAAAACAGCAUCCCUACUCACCAGCUCUCCUCAAGUUCUACGACAAGAGGCAUUUCAAGUUCACAAACGCAACAUUCGCCAAUCAACUCCUGGGACAACUGCCGAUGCCAGUUCACAACUAAUUGUACCUACUUUACCGCUGUCUAAUUUUAAUCAUUAGCGUAAUGAAUGUUGUUAAAGACAAAAUUAACGAUCUUGAGGCAGUAUUUAACGUUCAAUAUUGAAUUUCUCACUGAUUUAGUGAGUUCACUUCAGAAAUCUUAGGCCUCUUAUGACAAAAGACAAAAAGGUAGUUAUUUGAUGUAAUGGAACGAAGGGUACUUAAUUACGAAUUUAUUCCGUCCGUUUAAAGUGAAAUAAAACAAAUUCAAAAUAUUGAAUUUAUCCCCAGUGCUUAUUCCGCAAAACACGCACAAAAAUCUUCUUAUCUUAAUAGAUGUCUUCCAAACUAGACCUAGGCAUGCCUGGGUUUACUUUACUUUGAAAGGUUAUUGAAACUACGGAACGAUACACCUUUUGUUCCUCCAAAAUACCUUAUUUUAACAGUCAAGGUGAAUGAGUAUGUCCACUGGCCUAGUAUUUAGGCAUGACUGCAAAAAUCAAAGUAUCGGGUAUUAUGUGCAAUCUUUGGUGAUGGUACGGGAUUAUCACUUAAGUUUAGUUGGUAAGUUAGACUAAACAUAAGUUUAAUAAUAUGUCUUAGAAACAUUUUAAGUUUCAUUUCAAACCAGCCAAGGAAUGCAGUCAUAAAUGUUGAGUUGGGGGUGUUAAACUAGAUGGUGCUAAGUAAAAGACGGUCGCUGACUUGAAAUGAAGCAGUUAUAGAUCGGAUGACAUCUCUUGUCCGAUCUAUUUGAUGUCGAUGGGGAAGCUCCGGCGAUUACUCCUCGAUACGGAAUCUCUUUCCUCGUUUUAGUGAUACUAGCUCCUAAUUGUUUCUCAAAAUAUUAACACAAAUUAUGUCACAAGAUUUAUGUGUACUAUAAAAUGUUAUGUUUGUUCUUUGUUUGUACUUAAUAUUGAUGUCAAAAUUUUGGAAUUCGAACGUCAACCUCUCAGUGGGUUCACGGUAUGUCGUACCAAGUUGAAAUGCAUUUUUACAAUAUUUAUAUUAUUUAAAUUAAAUUUAUGAUCGGUUACAGUUUGUGCUGUGAGUGUGUGUGAGAAUUUAAUGUACUGUAUAAAUGAGUUAUUUAAUGCGUCUGUUGUUAUAUUGUUUAAUAGAAAUCGAGUUAGUGUUAACUCGGUCUCGAGUGGCGCUUCCAUUUCUUGCAGAGAGUUGGUAAUGAUCCGAGUCCACUGCUGCACUUGAACACAAGCGUAUUCAACAUUUUUAAGAUAGUAUAGUAUAGAAGUCAGUGGUUCACUACUGGUCAGUUCAGAGGAAGUGACAGUAACUUCUUCGUUAAUGUAUAUAGCCACCAACGUUGGCAGCAGGCACAGCUGACUACCAGCUAUGUCUAUCUCGGGCAGCAGUGGAAUCGCGGCAUAAUAUAUACUAUGAUGCUCAAUUGAUACUUUGCGCUUUCACAGCAAAGCUUGUGGAUGAAAUAUAAUAAAUUGUAAAUAUGUCUAAAUUUAGCUGAUAGUAGAAAAAAUGAGAAAGUAAUAACUACUUAACAUAGUGGUACCUAAUUAGCAUUUAUGAGAUUCUAAAAUUGUAAUAUUAUAUUAUAAUAGUAUUUUGUACAAUUUGAUAAGUUUUGAUAGAUCUGAUUUUUUAUAUUGGCUUAUCAUUGAAUAUUUUUGGGUUGAAAAAAAUUGUGAUAGCGCAAUGCCUUGUUUAUAAGUACUUGUCUGUUGCAUUUACUAGCAUUUGAUCCAUCCUCACACUGGAUUCAUAUUUAAGGAACAAACUCUGUUACUUUAUAUUGAUAAGCAAUAUAUCAUGAUUAAAAACAUACACAAA